ACAUGUAUAUAGCAGCAGGAGUGACCCAGAAACAGACGUACAUUCGAGUCGGGAGUCAAUGUGCAGGUUGUGCGAGAUUUUCGAAGGUUCAGAGGUUCUAAUGCAAAGCGCAGCAAGCCGUUGAGUUAACGCGAAGCUAACAACCAGGAGGAUACAAGAGCAGCGCAGAAGACCAUGGCUGACCAUUUAAUGAUGCCAGUGAACCAUGUGCCUGGAGGCGGUGGUCUGCAUGGAUAUCGUAUGGGAAUGAACCCUGGCAUGCAGGGUCCCCCACAGCAUCACCCACAGCAGGUUGGCCUUCGAGGGGUCCCUACUGGUCAAAUGAUGCACUAUAAUGGGAGCCCUACAGGUGCAAUGGAGUCUGUCAUGCGGCAACGGCCCAGCAUGGUCAACGGAGGGCAGAUGGGACACCCCCACCAUCAAAUGGCUGGCAGUCUCAUGUACAAUGGGCAGAACCAUCACAUGCAGCAGCAGCAGCAGGCACACCACGUCUCGCACCCGCAGCAGUUCAUCGGAGGAGGAGGUGGUGGCGGACUCACUUCACAGCAGCUCAUGGCUAGCAUGCACUUGCAGAAACUCAACAACCAGUACCAAGGACACCCUGCCAUGUCUAUGAAUGGGAACAUGGCUUCAGGUCCCCCUUACAGAAUGCCACCAAGUCAGCUGGCGGUGGGCAUGCAGCACAUGUGCCCUCCAGCUCUGACGCUCAACAUGAUGGACUCUGAUCUGGUAGAUGAGGACGUCUUGACAUCUCUCGUCUUGGAACUGGGCCUGGAUCGCAUACAAGAGCUUCCGGAACUAUUUUUAGGUCAAAAUGAGUUUGAUUUCAUCCCGGACUUUGUUAGUAAACAGCAGCCGAGUACAGUGAGCUGUUGAGGGCCGAAAAUGUGGUGGAGGGGGGGAUGAGAGCCCCAGGAAUGAUGAGCCUGACCGGACAAUCUGUUUUGCUGUUUUUAAUUUAUGAUACUAGUAAUUAGAAUAAAAUGAUUUGCACUGGAUAGCCACUUCAGGAGUCUUGGCGCUUCCGGGAUACAAUUUUAUGUUACUCUUUUGGUCAGAGGUUGCACUCUUCUUUAUCUUGGUGGCUGAACAAUUUUGUUUCCCUCAGGCUUCACAUUAAGACAAUGGCUAAUGGCUCUGAUGGAAGGACCACUUCAGUAAGAGCGUACUGUGUUUGCGUGUGCGUGUGUUUUUUUUAUUUUUUUAUUUAUACAUUUUAUUGUACAACAGUAAGCACAGUAAGUGCUUGACUGGAGAAGAAUGGUAGACUUGUGUCUUCAUCUCAUUUGACACAAAGAAAACCAAAGCAUCGUACUGUUGGUGCACAAGCAAGUGAAGAAUGUGGACUGUUUCUGUGAGAAGUAGUGCAAGUGUGUGCACACCGGUGACUGAACUAACGUGGAGGUGCAACCCCCCCAGUUUAUCCUGUUUGCUUCACAUUUAAAAGAUGCCUGUACAAUUUCAUGUCUGCCCACAAAGGGGUGCACCUGACACCAUAACUGGAUCCAUUGACCUUGAACCUUCUCUCAAUGUUCUAUUCUUGUGGACACUUUUUUUGAAGGUUCUGCUCCAGUCUUUUUUUUUUUUUUUUUUUAAUCCCCCCCCCCCCCCCCCACUGUACAGAGCCAUGCUGAAGGUGAACCUCUGCUUAUGAUAUAUGCAGUAACUUUUUAGGCGUGUAAGAGCAGACUUCUGCUGUACAGGUAACAUUAAACAUUUCUGAGAUUCUCCACACCUUAUUUUUGUAACGAGCUAGGCUGUGUCCAGCAGUGGUGUAUUACUGUUAAUGAUCGUUAUUUAUUUUUUAAUGACAUAUUUAUUGGGCUGUGUGGCAGAUUAGCCAUCCUGUCGGUCAAUAUGGUGACUCUUGAGAUAUCCUUUUUCCAGGGUGUCAUCCUUGCUUUGUGAUCAAUGGUGCAGAAGCCCUGCAGGUAAAGUUAGAAGAGCCUCCUCUCUUGGACACAGAUAAAGAGUAACUGGGAGUUUGGUUGAGCCUGUGGUCACUUGGGGGUGGUGGGGCUUUAGCUAAAUAAAUCUUUCAGGUUGUCAGACAAUUUCUCCUACUAGCAUGGAGCAGUGAAAUGAUCUUCAUCCACUCCCCUUCCUGCUGCCACUCUUCUGAAUUAUUGAACGGGCUUCGUCUCUUUAUCAGAUGCAUCGAGCUGAAAGCUGAUCUUGGGCAUCAUUGUCCACUGCCUGCCAUGCCACUCUGCCUUGGCAAAAAGCAAGGCGUCUCCUGGGAGGAUUCAUCUUUGGGGAAUAAUUGUAGAAAUGGUUUGGUCAUUCCUUCUGUUAAGAAGAAAAAAUAUGUUUGCCUUGUUGAUUUGGACGGUACAGUGCUGGGGCCAAAAAGGGGUUGCUGUUUAAAGGCUGGUCCUGUCUUAUUUAUAAAUGGGUCCUAACUUUAUAUUUUUUUAAAAGCCAAAAAAAAUUCUCUUAAGGUCCUGUACCUCAUGAUUUGUUUUUUUUUUUUUGUAUAUUAUCUGAUGCAAUAAAAUGUGACUUAAUUUUU